AUGACGAUAAAGGCCUUCUUGGGGACUUAUGGGACGCCAUCAAAGGUCUUGGAGGCUCCAGAUGAGGAGCUUGAAAGCUUCAUAGACCCAUUGGGUCUUCAGGAGACACGGAUCAAGGCCGUCAAACAGAUGUCUCAGGCCUUCUUCGAGAAGGAAUGGGAGGAUCCAGUGGAGUUCUAUGGCUGUGGUAAGUUCACAUCGGACAGCUGGCGCAUCUUCUGCCGGGGGGUGAAAGCGAGUAAAGGGGUGGAAGAUGCAACUCUGCUGCGCUACCUCAGAUGGCUGAACACUGGGAGCCUCAAAGAUCCAAAGCCUGCAAGACCAAGAAUGCCAAAUGCCUAUGCAGCCUAA